AUGGAUGGAGCAAAUAUACACCCAGAAAUUGCUGAUCUUUAUCCUGAGCUUAUUCAAAUAAGAAGAGAGCUUCAUCAGCACCCAGAGCUCAUGUUUGAUUUGCCACGGACAAGUGCUUUUGUAGCAUCCUAUCUUCAAGCAUUAAACAUUGAAGUCCACACUGGAGUCGGAAAAUCAGGAGUUGUAGGCGUAAUCAGAGGAGAAGGUCCUUGCAUUCUAUUAAGAGCUGAUAUGGACGCUCUUCCGAUUACUGAAUUAAUAGAAUCUGACUAUAAGUCUACAACCCCAGGCAAAACUCAUGCAUGUGGCCAUGAUGCUCAUAUGGCAAUGCUUUUAGUCGCUGCAAAAGUGAUUUCAAGACAUCGCGACAGGCUCAAAGGGAGCAUCAAGUUCAUGUUUCAGCCUGCAGAAGAAGGCGGCCAUGGAGCCAGAUUUAUGAGAGACGAUGAAAAUUACCCUGUCCUUGAUGCUGAACCUCGAGUUGAUGAAGUCUAUGGUAUUCAUAUGGGAAACCAAGUAAAUUUAGGUGACUUCAAUUUAUCAGAAAAAUUCAUGUCAACUUAUUCAGAUUUCUUUGAUAUUGAAGUAAAAGGAAAAGGAGGCCACGGGUCUUCGCCUCAUUUGUGUAAUGAUCCUAUUAUUUCUGCAGCAGAACUUAUUGUUGCGUUACAGACAAUUAUUUCGAGAAAUGUUAAUACCAAGUUUAAAUCAGUUUUGUCUGUCACUACAAUUCAUGGAGGGGAAACAUAUAAUGCAAUUUCUGAUUCCUGCAAGUUAUAGGGGGUUUUCCCUAUAUGCCUCGAUAAGGGCCGUGGGUUCUCCGUGGAAUCCCUCUGCUGGUCAAACUAGCUCAGUGCAUUGGUUUAGCCAAUUCACUGGCUGGUUCAACCAGCAGAAGGAUUCCACGGAGAAUCCACGGCCCUUAUCGGGGCAUAUAGGGAAAGCACCUAUAACUGGGACUAUUAGAUCUUAUGAAACUGAGGUAAGAGAUUUAUUAAUCAAAAGAAUUAAUGAAAUUUGUAAUGGAUUGUCUGUUGCGAAUAAUAUUUCAAUUGUUUUUACUUUGCAUCCAUUAUAUGGACCAAUUGUUAACGAUCCAACUUGUAUUCAGAAAACUGAAGCAGUGUUUAGAAAAAUUUGCCCAAAUGCUAAUAGAGAGAUGGAUAGCCCGAUGAUAGGUGAAGAUUUCGCUUAUUUAACUGAUGUGAGGCCAGGCUGCUUUUAUAUGCUAGGAUGCUCUACAACUGAGAAAACAGCUCCACUUCAUUCUCCAAACUUCACUUUUGAUGAGAGAUCGAUGAUGAUUGGUGCUUCUUUUUGGGUUCAGCUGGUUCAAGAUGAGCUUUUUAAGAACUAA